AUGCACAGUACUCGAGACUACGAGACCAACGCCGAGAGCGGACCUAGCAAUCAACGCGAACAGACCGAACGCCUUCUUGCUCGAGCGAGUUGCGACGGCCUCGAAGGCGACGUCGAGAUGGCCGACUACGACGAUAAGAACCCGAACUAUGGCGACCUCAAGUAUGCGCAGGCAACCGACUCGCCGCAAGAACGAAUGAGCGAUGAAUUAUCGGUCGGAAAGGGCGACCUACUUGGUCAGGAACAUGUCGACCCAGUAUUGGAUGCCAAAAUGCACCUAGUAAACAACGCGAUCGACGAGAUUGGCAUGACUACAUACCAGUGGAAGCUGUUUGUGUUGAAUGGGUUUGGAUAUGCAGUAGACUCGUUGAUUCUGCUGAUCCAGUCGAUUAUUGCUGGACAAGCUGCGUACGAAUUCAGCCCGGGAUUCGAGUAUGGCUUAACAGUUGCUGCGUAUGUCGGGAUGCUGGUCGGUGCGCUAUUCUGGGGUCUGAGCGCAGACUUGAUUGGGCGAAAGUAUGCGUUCAAUAUCUCGCUGCUGCUUUCGUCGGUCUUCUGUAUUGUGGCUGGAGCUUCGAACAGCUGGAUCCUGCUCGGCUUCUUCGUCUGCAUGACUGCAUUCGGAUCUGGUGGCAACUUGGUUCUGGAUACUGCAGUUUUUCUUGAAUAUCUCCCUUCGAAGGACCAAUGGCUUCUGACUCUAAUGGCUUCCUGGUGGGGCGUUGGUCAGCUUAUCGCUGGUCUGUUUGCCUGGGCGUACAUGCCCAACUUCUCCUGCGAUGACCCCGCCGAUACUGGAAUUGCUUGUGGCUGGAGUAACAAUGCUGGAUGGCGAUAUAUGUGGUUCACCAGCGGAGCUCUGGUCCUUGCGAUGUCCCUGGCACGAGUCACAAUCAUCAGGCUAAGGGAAACACCGAAGUACUUGGUUGGAAUGGGCAAGGACGCUGAGGUCGUCGAGACUCUGCAGUGGAUUGCGAAGAAGUACAACCGGCCCUGCAGUUUGACACUUGAACGCAUGGAGGCUUGCGGAAUCACUGGAGCUGCUACCGGUCGCGAGCGUCGCGGCUCAGUAUCUGCUAACGCCAGCAACCGCUUCUCCUUCGGAGAGGUCGGCCUGCACCUUAAGGGUUUGUUCGUCACCAAGAAGUUGGCUCUCAGCACCAGUCUGAUAUGGAUUUCGUGGCUGCUAAUCGGCCUCGCGUACCCUCUUUUCAAUGUAUUCUUGCCCACAUAUCUGGCAACCCGUGGAGCAGCUCUCGGAGGCUUGAGUGACAGUGCCAGAUGGCGCAACUACGCUAUUGCCAAUCUUUGCUCCAUUCCAUCUCCCAUUCUGGCCGGAUUCAUGUGCAGGUCGAGGAUCUUCUGGGGACGUCGGGGAACCAUGAUUAUUGGCGCCCUCGUUACGAUGGCGUUCUUCUUCGCAUACACGCAGGUGCGAAGUAACGCUCAAAACCUUGGUUUUACCUGUGCUAUCAGCUUUUGUCUUAACAUCUACUAUGGCACGCUUUAUGCCUACACCCCCGAGGUCCUGCCUUCCGCGCACCGCGGAACCGGCAAUGGCAUAUCGAUUGGUCUCAACCGCAUCAUGGGUAUCAUGAGUGCAGUGAUUGCCACUUACGCCGAUACAAGCACGCCGGUGCCGAUCUAUCUUUGCGCGGCCCUGUACAUUGUCAUGGCGACAGUGGCGGGGUGCUUCCCAUUCGAGCCGAUGGGCAAUCGAAGUUCGUAG